GCAGGCCACAGGUCCGGGCAGAGCCCCCCGGCGUCUGCUCGCUUCGCGGAGCGGAGGCUGAGGCUCGGCGCUUCCAGCAGCCGGGCAGGCGCCGAGGGCUGCGGCUGGAGCGGGCGGGACGCAGCCGGCAUCCGCGGUGUGUUCUGCGCCCCCGAGCGCUGAUCGUGGCCGGCUGAGCGAUCAGGCCUGCUCUGAGGCGAAGUAUCCACAGAAGUCUUUCUUACCUUUUGCGGCUGUGAAUUGAGGACUUUCUGAGACACGAUGUCUUAUGGAAGCGAGUGCCAACCGCAGACAUUGAGCAAACCGGCAUUUGAUGAAAAGGAAGUGACAGAAUUGGUUGACAGGGUGUUUGGAUUAAAGGUGUCCUGGAUCAGGCCUCUCCCCAGCUAUGAUGAUCAGAAUUUCCAUGUGCGUGUCUCAAGAAGCAAAGGUGAGGCUGAAGGUGCAGAUGAAUACGUCCUCAAAAUCACCAAUUCGGAAGACAGCCAGGAGCCUGAUCUCAUUGAAGCACAGACACAGGCCAUGAUAUUUCUCAGUGCUGAAGGCUUUCCUUCAGCUACACCUUAUCUUACAAAAGAUGGUAACAUCAUGUCUCUGGAGCCAAAAGGUAGCGGACCUGAGAACAAAAAGUACAUGGUCAGACUGCUGACUUACCUGCCAGGUACACCGGUAGCAAAAGUUGCUGCAAAACUUGCUACAAAUCCUCAAAUUUUCUAUGAGAUUGGUAAGCUAGCUGCCAGUUUGGAUAAAGCUCUCUCAGAGAAAUUCCAUCAUCCAUCAGUAAAAAGUCUGCAUCGAGGCCAGUUCAUUUGGAACCUGGCAAACGUCCCUCUUCUAGAUCAGUACAUUUACGCCCUGGGCCAGAACCAGUAUCGUGAACUUGUGGAACAAGUCAUUGAGCAAUUUAAAGAGAAAAUCAUACCCAAACUAAGCAGUUUUCGAGCCUGUAUCAAUCACGGAGAUCUCAAUGACCAUAAUAUUCUGGUGGACUCCCCGUCUCCUUCCCUGGGGGCUCCUCAGUACAGAGUGUCCGGCAUCCUGGAUUUCAGCGACAUGAGCUACGGCUACUACGUGUUCGAGGCGGCGAUAGCCAUGAUGUACAUGAUGAUCGAGAGCGCGGACCCGCUGCGCGUCGGGGGCCACGUCCUGGCCGGCUUCGAGCGCGUGCUGCCGCUGACGGAGGAGGAGAGGGGCGCCCUCUUCCUCCUGGUGUGCGGCAGGUUCGCGCAGUCCCUCGUCAUCGCGGCGCACACGGCCCUGGCCUACCCGGAGAACCGCGACUACCUGCUGGUCACGGCGCGCACCGGCUGGAAGCACCUGGCGCGGAUGGCCGAGGCGGGGCAGGCCGCCGUCGAGCAGCUCUGGUUUGACACUGCCCGCGCCUACGGGCCCCGCGGGGCCGCCGACUGAGGCGAGGGCUGCCCCCGCCCCCCCCGCGCGGCGCCC